AUGGGCUUCAACUUCUCAGUAGCAGCAAUCAUGCAGGAGGCAGAGCAGAGGAUCUUCCCACUGUUCUUUGAGGAGAGGCAACUUAACAGGAGCAAUGAGUCUCUGCAGGACUUCUUCAGGGGCUUUAACUUUGAGAAAUCUGACAUCAUAGUAGACAGCUCUGCCAUAGUGAGGAUCAUGAUCUCCAUUGUGUACUCCGUGGUGUGCGCUCUUGGACUAGUAGGCAAUGUUCUCGUGCUAUACCUCAUGAAGACCAAGCAAGGGUGGAAGAAAUCUUCCAUUAACCUCUUUGUGACCAGCCUGGCAGUUACAGAUUUCCAGUUCGUAUUGACUUUACCCUUCUGGGCGGUGGAGAACGCCUUGGACUUCAGCUGGUUAUUUGGCAAAGCCAUGUGCAAAAUAGUGUCCUAUGUGACGGCCAUGAACAUGUACGCCAGCGUGUUCUUCCUCACGGCCAUGAGCGUGGCCAGGUAUUACUCUGUGGCUUCAGCGCUGAAAUCCAAGCGCAGACCGAUAGGAUGCUCCGCCAAGUGGGUGAGUGUCUUGAUCUGGGUCUCGGCAAUCGUUGCUUCUUUACCCAAUGCUAUUUUCUCCACCACUGCCACUGUAUCCAGUGAGGUCCUCUGCUUGGUCAAGUUUCCAGUCAACAAUGGGAAUGCCCAGUUCUGGUUGGGGCUCUACCAUGCACAGAAGGUUCUUUUGGGCUUCGUCAUCCCCUUAGCCAUCAUCACCAUUUGUUACCUACUCCUGGUUCGUUUUAUCAGUGAUCGAAAUGUAAGUUCCUCCAGCACAAAGAGGAGAUCUAAGGUGACCAAGUCAGUGACCAUUGUAGUCCUUUCCUUCUUUUUGUGUUGGUUACCAAACCAAGCUUUGACUACCUGGGGGAUCUUGAUCAAGUUGAAUGUUGUCCAGUUUGGCUAUGAGUACUUCACCACCCAGGCUUACAUUUUCCCCAUUACGGUUUGCUUGGCACACUCCAAUAGUUGCUUGAACCCAAUUCUCUAUUGCUUGAUGCGCAGGGAAUUUCGCAAAGCCUUGAAGAACCUCUUCUGGAGGAUGACCUCCCCAUCCCUUACCAACAUGCGCCCCUUCACUGCCACCACCAAACCAGAGCAGGAUGAGCAAGGGCAUGGCAUGGUUCCCCUCAACCCUGUGGAACCUGAUGUUAUAUGUUACCCACCUGGAGCUGUGAUAUACAAUGGCAGAUAUGACCUCCUACCCAGCAGCUCCACAGAACAGCGCUACUAA